AAACACGUACUGCUGUGUCUCUCUGCUCUACUAACUCGUGUGGGCCGAUCAGAACUCGUUUUCUUCUUCUUAAUUUUUAUUUCCGAAACCAACCCUAACCCAAGGAAGAAAUUACAGAACGCUUCUGCUGGGACUUCCAAGAUUCUUUUCAGAACGAUUACGAACGGAUGAAGUUCUCUUGGUGCCUGCUAAGGACAUGGAAUGUUCAUGAUUUAUAGUUUUCAAUUUGGAAAGAUGCAUCACGUCAAGCAAUUAUUACCAUCAUAUUAUUGAUGAAAACUUCCACCGUUAUUAAAGCUCAUUCAGCAUAAAGGGUUGUUGGCUCAAGACUACUUUGUGAUGGCUCAGCCAAACAGUAAUGCCGUUGGAGUUGACAACACUCACAGAAGGAAAUUUAACCGAGAAGAAUACUUGGAACGAGCUCGUGAGCGGGAAGAGCAGGAGGAGGGCAGACUAAAAUCCAAAUCAAAAGGUCCUCCAGUCCAAAGGAAACCCUUGAAGCAUAGGGAUUAUGAAGUUGAUCUAGAUUCCCGCUUGGGAAAGACCCAGGUGGUUACUCCAAUAGCACCUUUAAGCCAACAGGCUGGAUACUACUGUGCAGUUUGUGAAUGUGUUGUAAAGGAUUCAGCCAACUACUUGGACCAUAUUAAUGGGAAGAAGCAUCAAAGAGCUUUGGGUAUGUCUAUGCGGGUAGAACGGGCUUCUCUUCAACAGGUCCAAGAUCGGUUUGAAAUUCUCAAGAAGCGGAAGGUUGCAGACAGUUUUACGGAGCAAGAUCUAGAUGAGAGGAUAUUAAAACAGCAGCAAGAGGAGGAAGAACGGAAGCGGCAGCGCCGAGAAAGAAAGAAGGAAAAGAAGAAAGAAAAGGAGGCAGAGAAUGAUGCAGAGGAGGAUCCUGAUGUUGCAACCAUGAUGGGCUUUGGAGGUUUCCGAUCAUCCAAAAAAUGAAAAAUACUCGGGAACGUGAAAUGGAAUUUUUUAUGUAGCCAUCACUUUCUAUGAUUGUAUUUCUGUUCCAUAUAAGACCUCUUCUAGGAAUGUGAUUUUUGUUACUGUUGAUUUGUGCCUGAUAAGUGUAUUAUCAUGACUAGUAUCCUUAGGCCUUAUUAUCGAUAUAAGAGAGUAUCUGAGUGCUAAACGCUAAUAA